GCAAACCCUAGCUGCCGUCUGUCCACAUAUAAACCCUACCAAUCCUCAUUUUUCUCUCUCUACACUCUCUGGCGCCUCCAUUAUCGCUGUUCGAGUCGGUUCAGUAGGGUUUCAAUCAGUUCCAAGCUCAACAACCAUGGCGGACAGAGCAGGAGGGGACCGCGGAGGCUUUGGCCGUGGAUUCGGCGGGCGUGGCAGGGGCGACCGCGGCGGCAGGGGUGGACGCCGACGCGCCCAGCGCCAAGAGGAGGAGAAAUGGGUCCCAGUCACCAAGCUCGGCCGCCUCGUGAGGGAAGGCAAGAUCCGGUCCGUCGAGGAGAUCUACCUCCACUCCCUCCCCAUCAAGGAGUACCAGAUCGUGGACACCCUCGUGGGGCCCUCCCUUAAGGACGAGGUGAUGAAGAUCAUGCCCGUGCAGAAGCAGACCCGGGCCGGGCAGAGGACCCGGUUCAAGGCCUUUGUCGUCGUCGGAGACGGGAACGGUCACGUCGGGCUCGGUGUCAAGUGCAGCAAGGAAGUUGCAACUGCCAUUCGUGGCUCCAUCAUACUGGCCAAGCUCUCGGUCAUCCCGGUCAGGAGAGGGUACUGGGGUAACAAGAUCGGGAAGCCCCACACUGUUCCGUGCAAGGUCACCGGCAAGUGUGGGUCCGUCACCGUCAGAAUGGUGCCGGCUCCCCGGGGCGCUGGGAUAGUGGCAGCUCGGGUGCCCAAGAAGGUGCUGCAGUUCGCAGGUAUUGAGGAUGUGUUCACUUCCUCUAGGGGGUCCACGAAGACUCUCGGCAACUUCGUCAAGGCUACGUUCGACUGCUUGCUGAAGACAUACGGCUUCCUCACUCCCGACUUCUGGAGGGAAACCCGUUUCUCAAAAUCUCCAUACCAGGAAUACACCGAUAUAUUGGCAAAGCCCACUGGGAAGCCCCUCAUCUUGGAAGAUGCUGAGAGGAUCGAUGCCUGAGCUCUGCUUCGAGUUGCCAAGAGGAUCUAGUAUUUUGUUAGGCUCUCAAUAGUAUAACUUGUUAAGAUUAUGACGGGCCUUUUCUUUUGAUGAUCAUGUGCUGCUACUUUUUCGAUAAAAUCUGUUUUGUCAUCUAAAUUCAAUGGCUUUGUGGUUGGGAUUAAUGUUUUCAGUCGUGUGUUAGGCCCUUGUUCAACAUUGUUUGAGACAAACCAUUUGGCAGUGCAGACUUUUGGGCAGGGCUCCGGCUCUGAUAAACCAUCAAAUGGCCCGACUAAUAUCAUUU